AUGGUGUGCCGUAUGGGAAUCAACGGCUUCGGCCGCAUCGGCCGUUUGGUCUUCCGCGCCGCUAUGGCCAACCCUGAAGUGGAAGUCGUCGCAGUGAACGACCCGUUCAUGGACGUGCAGUACAUGGCCUACCAGCUGAAGUACGACUCUGUGCACGGCAAAUUCCCUGGAGAAGUGAGCGUGAAGGACGGCAAUUUGGUAGUGGAGGGGAAGACAAUCCAAGUGUUUGCUGAGAAGGACCCCGCAGCCAUUCCUUGGGGCAAGGUUGGUGCUCACUACGUGUGCGAGUCAACUGGUGUAUUCACAAACAAGGAGAAGGCUGGUCUGCACAUAUCUGGCGGUGCUAAGAAGGUCAUUAUCUCUGCUCCUCCUAAGGAUGACACCCCCAUGUUCGUUAUGGGUGUGAACCACGAGGAAUACCAGCCCACUCUUCAGGUUGUUUCUAAUGCUUCCUGCACUACCAACUGCCUCGCUCCUCUUGCGAAGGUGGUGCACGAGAAGUUCGGUAUUGUUGAGGGUCUUAUGACCACCGUGCACGCUAUGACAGCUAACCAGCUGACUGUUGAUGGCCCAUCAAAGGGAGGGAAGGACUGGAGGGCUGGACGCUGUGCAGGCAGCAACAUUAUCCCUGCAAGCACAGGUGCAGCAAAGGCAGUAGGGAAAGUUAUUCCUUCUCUUAACGGCAAGCUUACAGGCAUGGCUUUCCGUGUGCCCACCCCUGACGUCUCCGUCGUCGACCUCACAUGCAGGCUGUCUAAGCCCGCCAAGUACGAAGACAUUGUCGCUGCCAUCCGUGCAGCUUCUGAGGGCCCCCUUAAGGGUAUUUUGGGUGUCACAGAGGAGGAGGUUGUAUCCCAGGACUUCUGUGGUGAUAAGAGAUCCUCUAUCUUCGACGUCAAGGCAGGUAUUCAGCUUAACGACUCCUUCGUUAAGCUCGUCUCCUGGUAUGACAACGAGUGGGGAUACUCUAACAGACUUGUAGAUCUUGCAAUCUACAUGUCUAAGAAGGACGGCAACUAA